ACCCUUUCCCCGACUUGAAGGCUAAGAAUCUCUGGAUGGCGGUUCCAUAAAAUGAAAUGAAGAUAAGAAAGUUUGCAUUUGGACAGAGAAAAAAUGUUGAGAAAGAGAGAUGUGGAGAGUGGUGAGGAUGGCACUGUGAGGGGCCUCUACCCGACGAUGCUUGAAAAUCCGGAACUACGGUGGUCCUUCAUACGCAAAGUAUAUGCCAUCAUUACCCUUCAGUUACUCCUCACCAUUGCCGUUGCUUCUGUUGUUGUCUUCGUUCCCCCCAUUGCUCAUUUCUUCGUUGGUUCCACUCAAGGCUUGAUUCUCUACGUCCUUCUCAUUUUUGUCCCUUUUAUAACAUUGUGUCCCCUUUACUACUAUCACAAGAAACACCCUCUCAAUUACUUCCUUCUCUUCAUUUUCACCGUUACUUUGGCUUUUGCCGUUGGGUUGACUUGUGCCUUUACUAGCGGGAGAGUUAUUCUGGAAUCUGUGAUAUUGACUACAGUGGUGGUGGUCAGCCUGACUCUCUACACAUUUUGGGCCGCAAAAAGAGGGCAUGAUUUCAGUUUUUUGGGCCCCUUUUUGUUUGGAGCUCUGCUAGUUCUUAUGGUCUUUGCCUUCAUUCAGCUUUUGUUUCCACUGGGUAAGUUGUCAAUGACGAUCUAUGGGUGCCUGGCAUCGAUUUUAUUUUGUGGCUACAUCAUAUAUGAUACAGACAACCUCAUCAAGAGGUUCUCCUAUGAUGAGUACAUAUGGGCUUCGGUUUCCUUAUAUCUGGACAUCAUCAACCUCUUCCUUGCUCUGCUUACAGUUUUUAGAGCUGUUAAUUAAGGACAUAAUUCCAGCAGCUUAGAUUCCUUGCCUUGCUACAUUUGUUUGUUUUAAGGAACCAGAAUUUUAUGUGAGUAUAUAAUUCUUGUGAAGCAAUCUAUCAGUAAUUCCAUGUGAUCGUCACGCCGCUGGUGGUAAGUUGUUGGUUAAAAGAUGCAAUUUUGCAGUGUAUUGUAUAAAUAAUUUACGAUCUUGAUACCUUUCUUAUGUUCGACUCUCAGUUAACUGUUGUAUGCCUCAAUGGUUUAUGUACACUUUAUUUACUAGACUCGGGACAAUAGUUGGUUUUUCAGUUGGAAAAUCUCUUUUGAACACCACAGCAGAAAGUUGCGUACGGAAGAUGUAUUAUAGAAGCUAUUGCUACGUUACUCAUAAAUCCGAUAUUCAUUAUAUAUUUUUCAAAUAAAUUAUUAAUUUUAUUAUUUAUUAAUAUAAAAUUAACGAUCAUAAUUAUUUUAUAUGUAAAACAUUAUAAAAUUUACCAUCAUAGAAUUGCAUGUAUAAGAAAAAGGAUAAAAAGUGGUCCAUUUUUUUUUAUGUUCAAAUAAUGGAACUAUUUUUUGUAUAAGUACUUUGCCUUGCAAUAUUGUUUCCGUGUUAUAAUUCUGUCCAAAUUCAACUAGUGGAUGUUCGUUGAUGGGAAUCGGUGGCAUGAUUUCAGUCUUCAAUGCGCCAAGACGACAGAACAAAUUGUUCUCUGCUUUAUUUUUGUCACUCCAGUUUUUUCGUCGUGUUAAGUUGCUUCUUGAAACUACCUCCAUUACCACUUGAUUCUGGGCAAAUCCUAGAAGGAAAAGGAUCUUCCUUCACGCGAGGUUUUUUCAAAUUUAAUAUUACUGCCACUCCUUAAAUAUGUUUCGUUUUGGAUUCUAAUUGAUGUUCCAUAUAGUGCGAAACAGCAUCUGAUGUAGACAAACCGUCUAAAAGUCAAAACAAGUACUAUUUCAGAGGCAAUCAAGAUAACUGCGACAAAUUGUACGUUUGGCUACACGCUAUCGAUUGUAUUGCAUCUUUGAAUACUCCUCCCAAGGUUCAUACAUAUCUCAUAUUAUUGUUGUGAACUAAAUCCAAAACCUGAAGUAAGUCCACUUACUUUGCUUAUAUUUAUCUUUUUAUUUAGAACAACCAGGUAACGAGAAAAUCAAACUCUUGACCAUUAAAACAAAAAAUACUUUUUUACAAACAACUAUUAAAAACUUGUGUUGUUGAAUGAAAACACCAGUCGUUUUAUAUUUAUAAACUAGCCAUGAAAAUCUUUGGCAGUUUUGGACCAUUCUUGGCUCUAGGGAACCUGACACAUGCACUGCCGGUGGGGUUGAAAAAUAUUCCUAUGAUUCUACAAAAUUAGAUAGCAAAUCGUAUUUUCUUGCU